ACCAACGGUGAAGCAGAGGAUGGUCACGGAGACAUAUCGAUGGACGACGCGGCGGAACCAGCGUUCGGAGAGCUACUCUUGGCCCAGAACGCGGACGCUAUCGAUGUGACCGGUUCGGCCGAUCACACGAGAGACCGGCAAUUGACGAAUGCCUUUGGCGAACAGAACGUGGAAGGGCUGUCAUCGGCCACACUGGGCACGGUGCUCACACAAGCCCUGAAGACGAACGACCAAGAGCGACUGGAGACAUGUUUCGCCGUCGCCGAUACCGAACGGAUCCGCGCGACCAUCCAGCGAUUGAAUUUCCAGAGCGCCACGGCGCUGCUGCAGCGCGUCUCGGAGAGGAUCUUCAGCCGGCCCGGUCGGGCGGGGAACCUGUUCACCUGGAUCCAGUGGACCCUGGUCGUGCACGGCGGCUACCUCGCGACGAACGAGGAGAUCAUGAAGAAGAUCCGCGCCCUCAACCGCGUGGUCAAGGAGCGAGCGCGCGGCCUCGCCCCGCUGCUGCACCUCAAGGGGAAGAUCGACCUGCUCAGCACCCAGCUGGAGCUGCGGCGCGAGGUCCACCAGCGCACGACGGCGAUGAACGCCGACGACCAGGACCACGAAGACGGCGUCAUCUACAUCGAGGGCGAAGACGACUGGUCCGACGACGACGACGUCGAGGGCGGCGCACAGCGCAGACGGACCGUCGCCAAAGCCUCCCGGCGAGCACGCGAGCAGGCCGGUUCCGACGACGACAACGACGACGACGACGACGACGAUGAUGACGACGACGAGUUGCGUCUCCUCACGAACGGCGAGGCCAACGGCACGGGACACGGCGACGAUGACGACGACGACGAAGACGGGGAGUCGGACGAGGACAGCGAGGGCCUG